CCAGUUUUUGCACGACACAGUAACGGCGGAACAGCAUGUUAUCGGCCGGCAAAAUGCAGAAUCGGUGUCCUGGGUGUCGCGCACAGCUUCUGAGCUUUUACGACGCCCUUUUGCUGCCGCGCAGCAGGCCGGUGGCCCAGCCAAUUCUUCGUCGGCGGCUGCAGGGCCCCUCGUCAGCAUCAAGCGCCGCUGCCUCCCGUCUCUGGCGAACGACUUCCAUCAGGCAAUUCUCGACAAGCACGCCCAUUCGGCAAGAACAGACGACCGGGGUCGAUCCUACAGAGUCACGGACUGCGGGACAGCCAACGCCAGAAGACAUCGAGACAAUCGUGCGCCAGGCGAGACAAACGUUUGGCAACACGCUGCCCGCCAACUACCUGACGCCCGAGGAAUACAAGGUCUACGAGAGGUUAUACGGACCACCUAUCCGUGAGACCCGCCCGGAAGAUGUCGGAAUUCCGUUUCCCAAUGGACAGGAGCCUGAGCAGCAUGCUUUGCUGAGGGAGACGGAGCACGGCACCUUGGAGGAGGUCGAGUAUAUCCUGGAUCGCUCAAGGGCUAUACGGUCGGAGGGUGUAAAAGAGGACACUGUUCCAGAGAAUGGCGACGAAGCUGGAGCAUUGGAGCUAGCGAGCGCGCUUGGGCAGGACAGCGGGGGCCAGAUCGACUAUCUCCAAGCGACGGCUAAUAACCAACGCGAGUACGACGCGCUGCUGAAGCUGCAGCGCGAUUUCGAGGCUGCGUCGUUGCAGCCAGCCGAAGAGGUCCACGAAGAAGAAAACAUCAUCGAGGAGGAGGAGCCCCGCGAGGAAGAGGAAAUCGAGGAGGACCAAGGAGAGCCCGAUGCCGUUUUCCAGGAACCUCGGGGCUCGCGGCUGCACGAGUACACGCGGAUGGGACAGUUCAGGACCUUCCCCAGCACGCUGCAGCUCCCAAAGCCGACCUUUGUCGAACCAAUUACCGAGCUGCUCGGCAGAACCGACAUUACGCACAUCAAGGAGACGGCAGAACGCGUGCUGGGCGGUCCCGGACUCCCCUACGGCGUGGGAACACCCAAGUUCAGGGGCAACUACCCGCAGAGGGGUAUCGCAUUGGAGGCCGGGCAUCACAGGAUGUCCGAGAUCGAGGCGGAUGCCUACCUUGCCACCAUCCUUCCGGGCUUGUACGCGUCGGUGAUGAGCGUCCUGGUCGAGGUGCGCAAGCGCCUCGGUGAGGAGUGGCUCAGGGGACUAAUCAAUCGGCCUGACGGAAAGGGCCCUCGGGUGCUCGACGUCGGCGCCGGCGGCGCCGGGUUAGCAGCGUGGCAGGAUGUGCUCCAGGCCGGAUGGGAUGUCCUCCGCGAGAAGGGAGAAGUCAAGGGCGAGCACCCGCCCGGCAAGAGAACUGUGGUCGUGGGCUCAGACAAUCUCCGUCACCGCAUUUCGCGGUUCCUUCACAACACGACCUUCCUCCCCCGGCUACCAGACUACAUCCACUCGAUCGAGGGAUCCGAGCGAAAGCUCGACUCUGGCGGCGCUCCUGCGCCGCGCAAGGUGUUCGAUGUCAUCAUUGCAUCGCACAUGCUGAUGCCUCUCGACAAGGAGUAUAAGCGCAAGGACCUGUUGGACAACCUCUGGAGCAUGCUUUCGCCCGAAGGCGGCGUGCUCAUCAUGCUGGAGAAAGGACACCCGCGCGGUUUCGAGGCGGUGGCUAACGUACGCGACCGCAUCCUCGAUGAGUUCAUCAUUCCGCCUGCGCCGCAGCCGCGCAGCGAGGAGAUUCAGCCGGCGACGGAGCGGGUAAGAGAGCCCGGCAUGAUCGUCGCGCCCUGCACCAACCACACCAAGUGCCCGAUGUACCUCACGCCCGGCCUCAGCCACGGCCGCAAGGAUUUCUGCCACUUCACCCAGCGCUACAUCCGGCCGCCAUUCCUGCAGAAGGUUCUCGGCGCCUCGCACCGCAGCCACGAGGACAUCCAGUUCAGCUACAUCGCCGUGCGCAGGGGCGCCCAGCCGGAGCCUGGCUCGUUCCUCCAAGGCAAGGAGGCGGCGGACAGGGCGUUCAAGGGCUACGAAGACAAGUCGGGCGGGCCGCCGCACCCGCUCUCGCUGCCGCGCAACAUUCUCACCCCGCUCAAGCGGCGCGGCCACGUCACGCUCGACCUGUGCACGCCGGCGGGCCAGAUCGAGCGGUGGGUGGUGCCCAAGUCGUUCUCCAAGCAGGCGUACCACGACGCCCGCAAGGCGGCCUGGGGCGACCUGUGGGCGCUCGGCGCCAAGACGCGGACCGCACGCAAUAUCCGGCUCGGAAAGGGCGGCGUCGACCCGGGCGACGGCGGCGUGCGCUCCCGGGAAGCGGCGGCCGCGAACAGCAAGAAACCCAAGGUUGUCGAUAUCAACGUGCACCCUCAGCUCGGCGUCUUAGGGGCGAGGGAGAGGUAUCCUGGUGGCCGGGCGCCGCCCGAGAGGCGGACCAAGGGCGGCAGGAAGGUCAAGCUGGACGACCUGAUGGACAAGAUGGGCGCCAACGAGAUUGAGGACCCGGAUGACAUUGAGGAUGCCGAGUUUAUGCGCGGGGGGCGGUGAGGGAAGACUGUAUACUACACUCUGGGUCGUGCGAGACCUCUGUAACAACAUCUCACCAUGUACAGUACUGCAACUGUACGCACAGUACACAUAUGUAUGCAUGUAUGUAUGUACAAUAAACUAGCCCAUGACACCCGCCGGUCGCCGACCACCUUGAGCUCCAAUGCUCAAUUCCAAUCCUCCACCCCAUCAGCAGCCUCCAUUUCGC